UUGCUCAUUAAGCAUAAAAAAAGACAUAGUAGUUUGUGUCUGCUUUCUUAACUAUAACUAGUUAACAACACAACACAACCAGCUUGCACUUCAGAAAACAAAACAAUGUGUGAGUUUCAGUCACACACAUUGUUCCAUUCUCUUCUUUUUCUCUCUUUCAAAAACCAACUAUGACCAAUAAUAAUAAUUCAUUCAUAUUUUGUUGGUGUUAUUCUUCACUUCACUCUUAAAAGGUAGGAAAUAGAUAUCGAGUGCUUCCUGGAUUCGGUGAUUCAUAAAAUGAAAUCAGGAUUCAAAAAUGGAUGGCCCUCUAUCGUUCGUCUUCGUCUCAAAGACAAAUCCGUGACACCCUUUUGCAUAUUCUCUAAAGUGAAAUCAGCUGGAAACAUACCCGGAAAUACUCCUGUCUAUCUCAAUGUGUAUGAUUUGACCACAGUUAAUGGCUAUAUGUAUUGGGCUGGUGUUGGUAUUUUCCAUACUGGAGUUGAAGUUUAUGGAGUAGAAUAUGCAUUUGGAGCCCAUGACUAUCCAUCAAGUGGUGUAUUUGAAGUUGAACCUAGGCAGUGUCCUGGAUUCAAGUUCCGGAAGUCUAUAUUCAUGGGAACUACUAACUUAGAUCCAUUCCAGAUUCGAGAGUUCAUGGAGAACCAGUCUGCAAAAUACAAUGGUGAUAGUUAUCACUUGAUUGUGAAGAAUUGCAACCAUUUCUGUGAAGAUAUUUGUUACAAGCUAACAGGGAAUUCAAUACCGAAAUGGGUCAAUCGUCUUGCAAGAAUAGGUUCCUGUUGCAAUUGCAUACUCCCUGAAGCCCUUAAAACUUCCACUGUUCAGCAUGAUCCCGAUUUUCAAGGCUGUGAUAGUGAAAAAAAGAGGCUUCGAACCGCUUUCAGUUGUCUGUCAUCAAUCUCAAUGCCGCAAAUGGAAGUAUCAAUGCCUUCAUUGUUUCUGCACUCUCACUAUAAAGGUUGCUUACCACCGUGGCAGUUAAAGAAAUCUAAAAAAGGCUCACUAAAGGCAAAAUGAGAAGACUACUUUGGUUAUCAUUAACUCUUGUCUCUUGUAGAGUAUCCAUUGUUUUUUCUGGUAACUGAAUGCUGGAAAAGAAAUUAUUGUUUUCAGUCAUCCAUGCUCUUCCGUAAGAGCGAAAUUUUCUGUCCAUAUUUAUUUUGAUUAUCCAAGAUGUUUCUAUUUUUUGUCCCUUCUUUUUGUUGUCUAGUUUCUGCUUUGUAAUCUUCUGAAUUUCUGUAAGAUAUACUGUUGUCUCAGCUAAAUUUUUCAUGGCUGGAGAAAUUUUUUCAUGUGCUAAA